GGCGAAGUGGAAUGCCUGGUCAAGCUCUUCGAAGCGCUGGUGGCCGAGUCCAGCAGCCGCUUCGCUGCGGUGGGCUUUGACCGUAACAUGUUCAGAGAUGCCCUGCACCGCGCGUUUGGCAUGACGGAUGACGUGAUCAUGGACAGAGUGUUCCGUACUUUUGAUAGAGACAACGAUAGCUGCAUCAGUGUGGUGGAAUGGGUGGAAGGCUUAUCAAUAUUUCUUCGGGGGACGCUGGAAGAAAGGAUUAAAUACUGUUUUGAGGUUUACGACCUGAAUGGUGAUGGAUACAUUUCAAGAGAGGAAAUGUUUCAAAUGCUGAAAAACAGCCUUCUCAAACAACCAUCAGAAGAAGAUCCUGAUGAGGGAAUUAAGGACUUGGUAGACAUAGUACUGAAGAAAAUGGACUAUGAUCAUGACGGCAAGAUUUCCUUUACGGACUUUGAAAAAGCAGUCAGAGAUGAAAAUCUUCUCUUAGAAGCCUUUGGACAGUGUUUGCCAGACAUAAAGAGCAGUAUGGCAUUUGAACAGAAAACUUUCCGGGAAACUCGUAAACUGUAA